AUGCCCCGACCCUUUCUAACAAACAGUGAUGGACAUCGACCCGUGUGUCUUCGCUGCCAACAAGCUUCUCGAGAUUGUCAGUGGAGCAACCGUUCUGCAAGAGGGCAAGAGACCAGAUCGCCCACUAGCCCAGAUUCAAGCUUAACCUUCCGGUCGCGGUGCGCCGAGUACGUAUCGACGAAAGAUCCCGAAAAGGCACUCCGGAAUCCCCAUAUUGCGGCAAUCUUCCGUUACUACAUCGAGCAUCUAGCUGGAUGGUAUGACCUCAACGAUGUCAAGAGGCAUUUCGGUGAUAUAGUUCCUUCUUGUGCACGGAAGAACUCGCUCCUUCUCAGCGCCAUUCUAGCGUUUGCCGCCGCGAGUCAGAGCUCGAGCUUCCUAAAGAAAGACCUCUGGGACUUGGCAGAGUCGUACCACCUCGAGAGUGUUCAGACACUGCUACAGCUCACGGAAAAUCCAGAUGAAUUUCGGACCGGCGAGACACUAGCCGCUAUCUGUCUUCUUCGGUCUUAUGAGAUCAUAUCCCAAAAUGUCAGUUGUCAGAAUCAUCUUCAGGGGUCAUACUCCUUGUUAGCGAGUCGGCCUGCUGGACUUGAAACGGGGUUACUGAGUGCCGGCUUCUGGAAUUACCUCCGAGAAGAUAUUACUGUCGCACUUAUAGAGAAACGGAGUCUUAUGAUAGACCUCUCGCAGGAACAUCUCCCUCCAACUGUCGAAGGCGAGGAUGACCUUGCCAACAGGGUAACAUACUUACUAGGGAGAAUUAUCAACCGAUGCCUCGAUCAAAAUGCAUCGCCCUUGGAGCAGCACGAGUGGCAUUCGCUCAACGACGAGCUCGAUACCUGGCGUGCAUCUCUACCUGUCUCGUUCGAGCCUAUCGGGACUCCGGGGCUGUAUGGACAAAGCAACUUCCCCUGUUUAUGGACAGUCAGUGGGUGGCAUGCUGCGAGCCUGCAAUACUACCACACGGCCCUGGCAAUCCUGAGCGUUGCUGAGCCGAUGCAGACGGGAAUGAAUACGAUCCAACAAAUUGAACGAAUCAAUAACUUUGAGAAAAAGCUGGAGCGUCAUGCAGUUCAGGUCUCCGCUCUUGCGAUUUGUAGCAAUUCUGCGCCCGUGUGGGUCAAUUCGUUUGGCCCUAUUUCCUUCUGCGGGCCGUGGUUGAGAGACUCACAAAUGGUUCACGAAUUAAUCCAGGAAAUACGGAAAUGGGGAAGCAAGACCGGCUGGCCAGUUAUGAGUAUAGUCGAGUCGCUGUCACGAUCGCGAACUGAAAAAUAA